AUGGAGUGCGCCCUCCUGCUCGCGUGCGCCCUCCCCGCCGCCGGCGCGGGCGCGCCGUGGGGUCCGGCGCGACUGGGGCGCUUGGCCAAGGCGCUCCAGCUGUGCUGCCUCUGCUGUGCGUCCGUCUCCGCAGCCUUAGCCAGUGACAGUAGCAGUGGCGGCAGCGGUUUAAAUGAUGAUUACGUCUUUGUCACGCCGGUGGAAGUGGACUCGGGCGGCUCAUAUAUUUCACAUGAUAUUUUUCACCACCACGGCAGGAAGAGGCGGUGGGUGCAGAGUGCCAGCAGCUCCCUGCAUUACCGAUUUUCAGCAUUUGGACAGGAGCUGCACUUAGAGCUUCAGCCCUCGGCGAUUUUGAGCAGUCACUUUAUUGUCCAGGUACUGGGAAAAGAUGGUGCUUCAGAGACUCAGGCCCCCGAGGUGCAGCGAUGUUUCUAUCAGGGAUUUAUCCGAAACGACAGCUCCUCCUCGGUCGCGGUGUCUACGUGUGCCGGCUUGUCAGGGCUAAUACGGACACGAAAAAAUGAAUUCCUCAUCUCACCGUUACCUCAGCUCCUGGCUCAGGAACACAACUAUAGCACCCCUGCCGGCCAUCACCCUCAUGUUCUCUACAAAAGGACAGCUGAGGAGAAGGUCCAGCGUUGCCAUGGCUACCCAGGCUCCAGCCAGAAUUAUCCUGCUCACCCCCCAAGACCCACUCCCCACACACCUGGGAAUCCAGAAGGAGAGCAUCCCCACCGAAGGUUGCCCAAGCAGCAUUUUUGUGGACGACGCAAGAAAUAUGCCCCCAAGCCUCCCACACGGGACACCUAUCUAAGGUUUGAUGAAUACGGGAGCACAGGGCGGCCUAGAAGAUCAGCUGCAAAGUCACAAAAGGGCCUAAACGUGGAAACCCUUGUGGUGGCAGACAAGAAAAUGGUGGACAAGCAUGGCAAGGGGAAUGUCACAACGUACAUCCUCACUGUCAUGAACAUGGUUUCCAGCCUAUUUAAAGACAGCACCAUUGGAAGUGAUAUUAACAUCAUCGUGGUGAGCCUCAUUCUUCUGGAACAAGAACCUGGUGGAUUAUUGAUCAACCAUCAUGCAGACCAGUCUCUGAACAGUUUUUGCCAGUGGCAGUCUGCUCUCAUUGGAAAAAAUGGCAAGAGGCACGACCAUGCCAUCUUACUCACAGGAUUCGAUAUUUGUUCCUGGAAGAAUGAGCCAUGUGACACAUUAGGAUUUGCCCCCAUCAGUGGGAUGUGCAGUAAGUACAGGAGUUGUACCAUCAAUGAGGAUACGGGACUUGGCUUGGCCUUUACCAUUGCUCAUGAGUCAGGACACAACUUUGGCAUGAUUCAUGAUGGAGAAGGCAACCCCUGUCGAAAGGCUGAAGGCAACAUCAUGUCUCCCACGUUGAUGGGGAACAACGGGGUGUUUUCAUGGUCUUCCUGCAGUCGACAGUAUCUCAAGAAAUUCCUUAGCACUCCUCAGGCUGGGUGUCUGGUGGACGAGCCCAAGCAAACAGGACGAUAUAAAUAUCCAGACAAACUACCAGGACAGAUUUAUGAUGCGGACACCCAGUGCAAGUGGCAAUUUGGAGCAAAAGCCAAGUUAUGCAGCCUUGGUUUUGUGAAGGACAUUUGCAAAUCACUUUGGUGCCACCGAGUGGGCCACAGGUGUGAGACCAAGUUUAUGCCGGCAGCGGAAGGGACCGUCUGUGGCUUGAGUAUGUGGUGUCGGCAAGGCCAGUGUGUGAAGCUUGGGGAGCAUGGGCCCCGGCCCAUCCAUGGCCAGUGGUCCCCCUGGUCGAAGUGGUCAGAAUGUUCCCGAACUUGUGGUGGAGGAGUCAAGUAUCAGGAGAGACACUGCAAUAACCCCAAGCCUCAGUAUGGUGGGAAAUUCUGUCCAGGAUCCAGCCGUGUUUAUCAGCUUUGUAACAUUAACCCUUGUCAUGAAAAUAGCUUGGAUUUUCGAGCCCAGCAGUGUGCAGAAUAUAAUGGCAAACCCUUCCGAGGAUGGUUCUACCAGUGGAAACCCUAUACAAAAGUGGAAGAGGAAGAUCGGUGUAAACUGUACUGCAAGGCUGAGAACUUUGAAUUUUUUUUUGCAAUGUCUGGCAAGGUGAAAGAUGGAACUCCUUGCUCCCCAAACAAAAAUGAUGUUUGUAUCGACGGGAUUUGUGAACCAGUAGGAUGUGAUCAUGAACUUGGCUCUAAGGCAGUUUCGGAUGCCUGUGGUGUUUGCAAAGGUGAUAAUUCGACCUGCAAGUUUUAUAAAGGCCUCUACCUCAACCAGCACAAAGCAAAUGAAUAUUAUCCAGUAGUCAUUGUCCCAGCAGGGGCCCGAAGCAUUGAAAUCCAAGAAUUACAGAUUUCCUCCAGCUACCUCGCCGUUAGGAGCCUCAGUCAAAAGUAUUAUCUGACAGGGGGCUGGCGCAUCGACUGGCCUGGGGAGUUCCCCUUUGCCGGGACCACAUUCGAAUACCAGCGCCCUUUCAACCGCCCAGAACGUCUCUACGCCCCAGGACCCACAAAUGAGACACUGGUCUUUGAAAUUCUGAUGCAAGGCAAAAACCCGGGGAUAGCUUGGAAGUACUCACUUCCCAAGGUCACUAAUGGAACCCAGCUUGCCUCAAAAAGACACAGCCACGCCUGGCGCGUAGUACAGUCGGAUUGCUCCGUCUCCUGCGGUGGAGGAUAUAUAAGUGUAAAGGCCGUUUGCUUACGAGAGCUCACUACUCAAGUCAAUGCCUCAUUCUGCAAUGCAAGACCCAAGCCAGCAACGGAACCCAAAAUUUGCAACGCUUUCUCCUGCCCCGCCUAUUGGAAGCCAGGUGAAUGGAGCAUGUGCAGCAGGUCAUGUGCAGGGGGCCAGCAGAGCCGGAAGGUCCAGUGUGUCCAGAAGAAGCCCUUCCAGAAGGAGGAGACGGUGUUGCAUUCUCUCUGCCCAGUGAGCACACCCACUCAGGUUCAAGUCUGCAAUAGCCAGGCUUGCCCUCCAGAAUGGAGCUUGGGGCCCUGGUCUCAGUGUUCCAAGACCUGUGGCCGAGGGGUGAGGAAACGGGAAGUCCUGUGCCAGCGUUCCGCCGGGGCCGGAAACCUCCCCGAGGGCCUGUGCUCCAGCUCUCCAAGACCAGAGGCACAGGAGGGCUGCGUCCUAGGCCGCUGCCCCAAAAACAACCGGCUGCAGUGGGUGGUGUCUUCAUGGAGUGAGUGUUCCACGACCUGUGGCAUGGGCGUGAGGAAGAGGGACAUGCAGUGCAGCGAGAAGGCCUUCCAGGGAAAGCUGAUAACCUUCCCAGAGCGGAGAUGCCGCAAUAUCAAGAAACCAAACCUGGCCUUGGAAGAGACCUGCAACCGAGGGGCCUGCCCAGCCCAUCCAGUGUACAACAUGGCAGCUGGAUGGUAUGCGUCACCAUGGCAACAGUGCACAGUGACGUGUGGAGGAGGGGUCCAGACCCGACUGGUCCACUGUGUUCAGCACGGCCGACCUUCCUUGAGCUGCCUGCUCCGUCAGAAGCCUCCAGUGCUACGAGCCUGCAAUACAAACUUCUGUCCAGCUCCUGAAAAGAGAGAGGACCCAUCCUGUGUCGACUUCUUUAGCUGGUGUCAUCUUGUUCUUCAACACGGUGUCUGCAACCACAAGUUUUAUGGCAAACAGUGCUGCAAGUCAUGCACAAGGAAGAGCUGACCUUGAAGUUAUCAGGGUGUUACCUUUUGACCUCUGGGGUGCCCAGCUGCCUCUCCCAAUCACAGCUGAGAGCUGACACCCUCUGUGAGUGGCCGCCACAUUGGAUGAGGUGGCUCUACCGGACUCUGUUCCCCCAAGCACAUGGUACUCGGAAGCACUUGAAAACGGGAAGCGAUGACAAAUCUGAGCACAAAACGAACAGAAACACAGGACUUUGCUUUGCACUGUUACAUGCAAGAAGUGACGAAUCCCACUGAGUUACAUCAACCUUGAGUUUUGAUAAAGUGAGAAUCUGGGCGACUUGGGGACAGAUCAAAGGCAAAGACACCGGGGUCACAGAAAGAGACUGGGAGUCUCUCCAACAUGGAGAGAACACCCUGCCUACUUAUUUGGAGCUCACCCCCCAGCCAGGAAUUACGCAGAAGCCAAAUGGUGCUCAAGAUGAUGCUUGCUGCUGGACUAGCAAGCUUCCUGUACGUUUAUUUAGUGUGUAUGUUUGUGUGUGUGUUGUUAAUAUUUUGUUUAAAGUAUAUUCUGCUUAUAGAGUCUCCAAGACUAAAAUUAACAACUUGAAAAGUGUUCCAAGAAAUAGCCUGAAACAGAACCAUAUGGCCUAGUUACAAUUUCCACUUAAUUGGGAAAAAAAAAACCUAGACAACUCUCAUAAAAAGGCAAAUAUUGAUGUCCUGCAAAUGAUUCAAUCUCAUAACUUUUGGUGCUAGCUGAGUAAGAACAAGGGGCUUUGAAUCUGUUCUUUGAGAAUCAGAGCUGGUAAGAUGUUCAUUUCUGAUUAAAAAAUCUAGGAGGAGCUAAAUAGCAAAACAGCAGUAUUUUUGAGGGAGAGAAGCCCAUUUAUAAUGCUCCCCACGUAUUAUCAGAGCUGCUUGGAAAAUUAAAGGCCACUUGUGGCUUUUUUUUUCCUCCUACCAACUGACAUGUUUAAAUUUGCCCUAGGAUUUAGUUAAAGAGAAAAAAGUCAUAGCAGCAAUAGAAAAAUCCAUCUGUUGUCUUGCUACGUUAAUAUUAACAAAUCAUAAUAUGCCAAGACCCUUUCAUGAAUAUGAGUAUUUUAUAAUCUUUCAGAUGGUAUUUUCAGUCUUCACAAGCCAGCUGUUGUUAGGCACUAAUGAGCUUAAAAUUGUUCUCAAUUGGAAAAACACCACACUCUUCCACCAAAACCAAAGUAACUUACAAGACUGUGUCCUUCUGUAAUUUUUUGAGAUGUGGUUAUAAAGGGCAUAUUUAUAUAAUUCUACUCAAUUCCUCAAUUUCUUUGAUGAAUGUAACCCAAUUUUAUUACUUUUUAAAAGUCUCCAUUCAAACAGGGAUUUGCCAGCUCAGCAUAACCAACUAGACAGUGGUUUGUUAAAUUUAGAGCAUCCUUUGUUCCCGUUCUAAUUAAAAUCAUGCAUUCUCAAAACUGAGAGAGAUGAUGAUUAGAAUACUCUCUCAGUCCACUUGGCUUUGCCUAGUGUAGCGGCCAUUUUAUCUUCAGAAAAACAGUGGUUCCACAUCACCACCCCUUGCCCUCUGAAGAAUAGCAACUUAUUUGUUUCUUUAUAUAAUUAUCAUUUUAUUAUUUUAUGGAAAAAUUAAUUUAUUAAUAGCCUGUUCUUAUGUGUUCUUACUUGCUUCUCUGGGUAAGUGAUAUUAAUUCUGAGGGAAAAUGUUGAAUAAAACCAUGGGUUAUAGAGAAACGUCA